GAGGCGGGCCGCGUGGCGGCCGCGGGGCCCGGCGCAGCUCUUAUGUGUCGCGCGCGGCGGGGAGGGGGCAAAAAAAACCCGCCGCGCAGGGAGGCGCGCCCGCGCCCGCCAGGAGGGGGGGGGGGCGGCGAGGCUGCCGCGGGGGAGGAGGAGGAGGAGAAGGAGGAGGCGAGGAGCAGGCGCAAGGGAGGCGACCGUGGGAUCGCCUGUUCACUUAUCGUCGGGCGGCGGCGAGCCCUCGAGGUGCCCCGCGGGCCGCCCCUGGGCAAGUCGAGGAGGUCAGUGCCCCCGGAGGAAGGCCAGCGCCACCAACCUGGCCUGCGCCCACCACGCCGCCUGGGCCGCCCCCGGCGGGCUGCUCUGGUGCCGCCGCCGCCGCCUCCCGGGCGCCGCAGC